CGAUCAUCUGUAGGGCCCAACAUGAAGGACGACAGAUAGCUCAUCAGGGCGUAAGAUAUGUGGACACGCUGUAAUGGACUUGUAGCUUCCUGCUGAUGGUCCAGCUGGUGAAUGGGGGGGUUUGAGAUUUCUCAGCUUAUUAGAAGGCUGAUUAGCUGUAAGGAGAUUAGACAUGUCGCUUAACAGGCGCCUCAACACUGUUUUUCUUAGCCACAAUAUUCGCUUCACUCUUGUGAAACUGUGGCAGAACCCACCUGCUCGUGGAUGAUAGAAAGUUGGAGGGACGACAGACAAGCAGCUGGAUCUCUGACGGCUUUAGGACAACAAGUGCUCAUAUCCUGGUUGUGUCUCGGAGAUGUGGACUGCAGUCAAGAGCACCAAGAAUACCUCGCUAAGCUCCUUAUGAUGCUGUACAGAGAGCAGCCGGUGGCCUUCUCGCUCAUCUCUCCUCCAGCUUUCCUUUGAAGAGAGACCCACUCUGAACACCGAAUCCUGACCCCUGACCUCUCAGACCCCUGCUGACUGAGGCCUACGACUGUAUGAGCAACUGGCAAUGUGGCCCACUGGUUCAUUAGAACUGGAUUUGAAACCGAGUUUGGCUUUAUGAGUGAGUGCCAGGAACUUCAGAUUAUGGGUAGCACCUGGGGGUUCUAAGGGGUACAGUGCGGUAAGAACUCCCGUUUUCAACCAUGUUUGCGGCCGCUUGGACGUGACACACGUAAGAACCAUAGCGCUGACAUGGCAGUCGGUAAGGUAACCUUCACUAAGGUGGAGAGAGAAAAGCUAGCGGAGGUCCUCUGCCUGCUCAACUGGAUCUCCGUGCUGACAGGGGCCAUCCUCUUCGGCCUGGGUUUAUUCCUCAAAAUCGAGAUUCAGAAAUGGCAGGAAGUGAUGUCAGACCAGGGAAUCCUCUACGUACCAUAUACACUGAUUACCACAGGCCUGGCAGCCUGCUGCAUCAACUUCUUGGGUGGAAAGAUCUGCCUGGACUGCACGGACACCAACAAGUUCCUGCGCUGGAAGCUGGUGAUGAUGCCGUAUGUCAUCUGCACUUUCUUUUUCACCUCUUGCGUCCUGGCGGGGGCGCUCAUGUGCUAUAACAUCCGUAGUCAGCUGGAGGAGUCGCUGUUCCUGGGCUUAAAGAAUGCCAUGUGGUACUACAAAGACACGGACACACCGGGCCGCUGCUACCUGAAGAGGACUCUGGACUUGCUGCAGAUCCAGUUCCAGUGCUGUGGGAACACUGGACACCGAGACUGGUUCCAGGUUCAGUGGAUCAGCAAGCGCUACCUGGACAUGACCAGCAGCAGCGUGGUGGACCGCCUGAGGAGUAACGUCGAUGGGAAGUACCUGACGGACGGCGUUCCCUUCAGCUGCUGCAGCACCUUCUCCCCUCGGCCCUGCAUACAGCAGCAGCUCAGCAACAGCUCGGCCCACUUCAACUACGACCAGCAGAGCCAGCAGCUGAACCUGUGGAGGAGAGGCUGUCGACAGGCCCUCAUGGACCACUACACCAGCAUCAUGCAGUCCAUUGGCCUCACUGUGCUCCUCAUCUGGCUGUUUGAGCUGCUGGUUCUGACAGGAGUCCGGUACCUGCAGACAGCCAUGGAGAACGUUCUCCGUCUGGGUGAUCCAGACUCAGAGUCCGACGGCUGGAUUCUGGAGAACAGCCUGGCUGAAACAGCCUGGUCCAACUUCAAUAUCAUCAAGAACCUGGGGAAGUGUUACCAGGUUGAUGACGACCCCAACAUCAAUGUCCCAACCUUCAGAGCUGAGCAGGAGGUUCUAUCCCAGCAGGUCCCUGUGACCAGCGAGCCUCCAGCCUGAGGAGUCAAGGACCCCUGAAAGACCCCGAUGAGCUGCAACAUGCCGGGUUCAAAACA